AUGUCAAUUGGCAGCAUAGUCAUGGCGCUCAUCAUCUCGUCUUUGUUCUACAAUCUUGAACCAAACACAACUUCAUUUCGCAGCCGCGCAGUCGUUCUUUUUGUGGCAAUUCUAUUCAAUGCUUUCUCUUCCAUGCUUGAGAUUCUCACGCUGUAUUCACAACAACCUAUUGUGGAAAAGCAAUCUCGCUAUGCUUUCUAUCAUCCAUCGGCGGAGUCAUAUGCUUCUGUACUGGUUGACCUACCAGUGAAGAUCUCCAACAUCGUUUCAUUCAAUAUGGUAUUCUACUUCAUGACGAAUCUCAACCGUGCCCCCGGCCCAUUCUUUUUCUAUCUCCUUGUGGAGUUCUGCAUUGUCAUGGCUAUGUCUGGGGUCUUCAGAUCUGUUGCCUCAGUAUCCCGAACAGAAUCGCAGGCCAUGGUUCCAGCCACAUUUAUAAUGCUUGCCCUGAUCAUUUUUACCGGAUUUGUUGUCCCCAUUGACUACAUGCUGGGUUGGUGCCGCUGGAUCUGUUAUGUGAACCCAGUUGGCUGGGGCUAUGAGUCCCUGAUGGUGAAUGAGUUCCACGGCCGCAAUUUCAUGUGCUCGGGUUAUGUUCCCGGCUACAUAGAUGUCACUGCCGGCACUACGGCUUGUGACGCAGUGGGAGCCGUCCCAGGACAGUCCUAUGUGAAAGGAGAGGACUACAUCAGUUCAGCAUACAGCUAUCACCAUGCUCAUAAAUGGCGGAAUGUCGGUAUUGUUAUCGCAAUCGCAGCUUUCGGUCAUCUCGUUUAUUUCACGGCCAGCGAAUGUAUCACAGCCAAAAAGUCGAAAGGUGAAGUUCUUGUCUUCCGUCACCGAGUCGUUGCUCCAAUUUCGAAAAUGGGUAACGAUGUUGAAAAAUCAUUCUCGGGAUCUUCACCGCCUGUCGCGAACUUUGGUCGGUCAGAUAUACGCAACAAGAACGAUUUCAAACGCUCCCAAGGCGUGUUUCACUGGAGGAACGUAUGCUAUGACAUCAAUAUUAAAGGCAAGCCUAGGCGUAUUUUGGAUUCUGUCGAUGGUUGGGUGAAACCUGGCACUGUAACAGCCUUGAUGGGGGUAUCCGGAGCCGGCAAAACCACACUCUUGGACUGUCUAGCAGAUCGACGCGCGGGUGUGGGCAUUAUUACUGGUGAAAUGUUGGUUGAUGGAGUAAUGCGGGAUGAAAGUUUUCAACGCAAAACAGGUUAUGGUCAACAACAUGAUCUGCACCUGCAAACGAGUACAGUACGGGAGGCUCUACAAUUCUCUGCUCUUCUUCGUCAGCCAUCUAGUGUCUCAAAGGGUGAAAAGCUGGCGUAUGUGGAGGAGGUCAUGGAUCUAUUAGAUAUGCAGGAUUUUGCAGACGCAAUUGUUGGUGUCUUAGGAGAGGGUCUAAAUGUCGAGCAGCGCAAACGCUUAACUAUUGGCGUGGAGCUGGCGGCUAGACCUCCACUUCUACUUUUCGUCGACGAACCUACAUCAGGACUUGACUCUCAAACGAGCUGGGCCAUUCUAGAGUUACUCAAAAAGCUCUCGGAUGCGGGCCAAUCCAUACUUUGCGCCAUUCAUCAGCCAUCUGCAAUGCUCUUUCAGCGGUUCGAUCGCCUGCUACUGUUGGCUGAGGGCAGCCAAACGAGGUCUAGCUCGGAAUAUCAAGCUGUUCAGAACGAAUUGACAAGCCUCGAGUCCUCGAAGGGAGAUCAGCCUUCCACGGAAGGAAAGAACGAACCCACGCAACAUCAUGAGUUUGCCGAACCACUGUGGCAGCAGUUUAUAGUCGUUCACCGCCGAGCAGUCCGACAUCUUUUCCGAACGCCCACCUACAUUUACUCCAAGCUUUUGCUUUGCAUUGGCAGCAGCCUCUUCAUUGGUCUUGUUUUUCUCGACGCACCAUUGACCAUUCAGGGGCUUCAAAACCAGAUGUUUGCCAUUUUCGAGAUUUGCAGUAUAUUAUCGCAGUUGAUAGACCAGCAAAUGCCACAAUUUAUUGAACAGCGCUCUCUGUACGAAGUCCGGGAACGACCUGCCAAAACCUAUUCCUGGAAGGUCUUCAUGCUCAGCCAGAUCAUCUCCGAGCUUCCUUGGACUGCUCUAGCAUCUGUGUUCAUGUGGGCGCUUGUGUACUAUCCGGUUGGCUUUUACAAAAAUGCCAACGCCGCCGGGCAAGGAGUCGAGCGAGGAGCUUUGAUGUGGCUUCUAUUCUGGCAACUUCUCCUUUUCACCUCGACUUUUGCACACAUGUGUGUUGCCGCGGUUGAAAAUGCAGAGGAGGGAGGAAACAUGGCGAAUUUCCUUUUCAUCUCAAUAUUCUUCUUUUGUGGCGUUCUCGCUCCACCAGACGCAAUGCCAAGAUUUUGGAUAUUCUUAUACCGGGUCUCACCCUUGAAUUAUUGGAUCUCAGCGGUUCUGUCCGCCGGCCUCGCCAAUGCUGAGGUCACAUGUGCAAAUAACGAAUGGACCACCAUCACUACCCCCGAGGGCAGAACAUGCGGCGACUACAUGGCAAAUUACAUUUCACAAGCCGGGGGUUAUGUCCGGCACCCAAACACGACUGGAAUUUGCAGUUACUGCAAAGUAAAGGAUACGAACGUGUUCUUGUCCAGCAUCAGCGCCCAUUACGAGGAUAGGUGGCGCAAUUUCGGUAUUUUCUGGGCGUUCAUCGCAUUCAACAUUGUUGCAGCGCUGGCUCUUUACUGGCUGGCAAGAGUACCGAAGGGGAAGAAGAAGGUGUGA